AUGACGAACCCCGCCAGUCCAGGCACGCCGUUCAUCCUGCCGCACGGCACGCGGCUAGGCCGCAAGGUCGAGCGCGUCGUGCGCGACCUGUACGACGUGUGGGGCUACGACGAGGUGAUCACGCCGCAGCUCAUGCGCAAGUCGCUCUGGCAGACGAGCGGCCACUGGGAGAACUACCGCGCAGACAUGUUUGGCGUGCGCGGCUUCGUCGACGUCGAUGCGCCGAGCGAGCCGCUGGCCUCUGUCGUCAGCAGUGCCGUCGCUGAGGAGCGCAAGGGCUGCUGCGCCGCACACGACACGCCGGCCGAGACUGCGGCGCAGGACGAGUUCGGCCUCAAGCCGAUGAACUGCCCCGGUCACUGCCUCAUUUUCGCCGACGAGGAGCGAUCCUAUCGUGUUUUGCCGCUGCGUCUGGCCGAGUUCAGUCCUCUGCACAGGAACGAGUCUUCCGGCUCGCUCUCGGGCCUCACUCGCGUGCGCCGCUUCCACCAGGACGACGCACACGUCUUCUGUCGUCCGGACCAGGUGUCUGCUGAGAUCACGUCUAUGCUGACGAUGCUGGCCGCGGCCUAUCGCACGUUUGGCUUCUCGUCCUUUGAGCUCGUGCUCUCGACGCGCCCGGCUAAGUACAUCGGCGAUAUCGCGGUAUGGGACGCCGCGGAGAACGACUUGCGUGCUGCGCUCGACUCGAGCGGCGCCGAGUGGGCGCUGAACGAAGGUGACGGCGCCUUCUACGGGCCGAAGAUCGACGUGCGCCUCGUCGACGCUCUCGGCCGCAAGCACCAGACGGCCACGAUCCAGCUCGACUUCCAGCUGCCGGAGCGCUUCUCGCUGUCGUACAAAGACCCAAAGGCGCCCGACGGACGUGCUCGGCCUGUGAUGAUCCACCGCGCCAUCCUCGGCAGCCUGGAGCGCUUCAUGGCCAUCCUCAUCGAGAGCUGCAAGGGCCAGUGGCCGUUCUGGAUCUCGCCGCGCCAGGCGAUCGUCAUGCCGACGCAGCCCGACAACGAGGAGCAGCUCGCGCAUGCGCAGCGCGUGCGCAACCACCUCUCGCUGGGCCCAGAGGCUGCGCGCUACAUUCCAAUCGUCACCAACAGCACCGGCAUCCUGACGGCCAGCCCGGACGCCGAGCGGCCGCCGCGCCCGACGCAGGUCUUCCACGUCGACCUCGAGACGUCGAAGGACCGCCUCGGCAAGCGCGUGCUGCGUGCGCUCAAGGAGCGCUACAACUUUGUGCUCAUCAUCGGCGACGAGGAGGUGGCCAACGGCACGGUGCGCGUGCGCGCCCGCGAGAGCGCCGUCGCGGAGGGUGAGGGACGGCCGAAGAUCGAGGAGGACAUGGGCGAGUGGAAGGUGGCAGACCUGCGCGCGCUCAUGUGCACCCUCGACGCACAUCACUGGUAG